UCACGUGACCUGUCGUUAACGCUCCGGUCCAACAUGGCGGCGGCUGCUUCUGUCUUCCACAGACUGAGGACGGGAUCCAAGAUAGGAGCCCAGUACGACCAGGAGGGCAACCUGAUCCAGGUGGAGACCAGAGAGGAUGAGGAGCAGAACGUGAAGCUGGCCGAGAUCCUGGAGCUCCUGCUGGCCGCGGGCUACUUCCGGGCCCGGAUUAAAGGCCUGUCCCCGUUUGACAAGGUGGUGGGUGGUAUGACCUGGUGCAUCACCACGUGUAACUUUGACAUCGAUGUGGAUCUUCUCUUUCAAGAAAACUCCACCAUUGGUCAGAAGAUAGCUCUGACGGAGAAAAUCGUUUCCGUCCUCCCAAAGAUGAAGUGUCCUCAUCGCCUGGAGCCCCAUCAGAUCCAGGGCCUGGACUUCAUCCACAUCUUCCCGGUCGUACAGUGGCUGGUGAAACGAGCCAUAGAGACGAGGGAGGAGAUGGGCGAUUACGUGAGAUCCUACUCCGUUUCUCAGUUCCACAAGACCCACAGCCUCCCUGAGGACGAAGACUUCCUCCAGAGGAAAGGGAAGGCCGUAAGAGCCGUUCAGGACGUGUUGGAAGUGUACAAACCUCAGAGGAAGUAUCGGAGGCAGAGAGAUGCAGGACAGCUGCUGGAUGAGGAGUCCAGGGUCCACUCCACUCUGCUGGAAUACGGCCGGGCGUGCCAUGUUCUGCUGCGUUACGGAUUCAGUAAGCAGUCCAAACAAGACAAGGUCGAUGAAGGGAAGUCUUCUGUGGCCCGGGGCUCUCAGGCCCCCCCUGGGAUGGCCGAGGUGUCAGAAGAAGACCUGCAGGCCGCGGAGGAGAUCCGGAUCAAGUCCCUGAUGACCAACAUGGCUGCCAUGGCUAACGAAGAGGGCAAACUGACUGCGAGUGCCGUGGGUCAUAUAGUUGGACUGCAGUCUGAGGAGAUCAAGCAGAUCGCCACGGAGUACGCUGAGAAGCAGUUGGAGCUGACCUCAGAGGAGCGUUCAGAGCGGUAUGGUCCUCUGCAGCAGCACCGCAGGGUGGUGGCCUCCAUCAACAAACAGAUUCAACAGAAGACCAAGCAACUGGAGGAGCUCCGAGCCAAACAUGCACAGGUGAAGACGGGCUGUGAAGACGCCAAGAGGAAGCUGAUGGAGGCUGCAGAACAGUCGGAGAAGCUGGAGACACAGCUGAAGUCUUUAGAGGACAUGGAGGAUCAGGUGGACAGUGGCCUGUUGGAGAAGCUCAGGUCUUUAGUGACCAUGAACGAGAACCUGAUGCAGCAGGAGCAGGAGUUCCGCUCACACUGCAAGGAAGAAAUGUCCCGUCUGCAGCUGAACAUAGACGAGUUAAAGUCCACAUCUGGACAGGAAACUGAGGACGAGAAGGAGAGGAGUCAGCUGAUAGGGAAACAGUACGACUCGGACAGGGAGAAGCUCCAGAAGAUCCGUCUGCUCAUGGCUCGGAGAAACCGUGAGAUUGCGAUACUGCAGAGAAAGAUCGAUGAGGUGCCGAGUCGUGCCGAGCUGACCCAGUACCAGAAGAGGUUCAUUGAACUCUACAGCCAAGUUUCUGCAACGCACAAAGAGACCAAACAGUUCUUCACUCUUUACAACACCCUGGAUGAUAAGAAGGUCUACCUGGACAAGGAGGUCACUCUGCUGAAUUCAAUCCAUGACAACUUCCAGCAGGCCAUGUCGUCUGCAGCAGCCAAGGAGCAGUUCCUCAGGCAGAUGGAGCAGAUCGUGGAGGGAAUUAAACAGAAUCGCAUUAAGAUGGAGAAAAAGAAGCAGGAGAACAAAAUGAGGAGGGAUCAGUUAAACGACGAGUACUUGGAGCUACUCGACAAGCAGAGACUGUACUUCAAAACCGUCAAAGACUUUAAAGAGGAGUGUCGGAGGAACGAGAUGCUGCUGUCCAAGCUGCGAGCUAAAGGUGCCUCGUAGUGUCUGUCACCGUGGCGAAGGGGGCGGGGCUUGUCAUGUCAGCGAGCUGAACUAAACAGACCAACUGCCGCAGAGAGCCCGACCAGUCGAGCCAAGAACUUACCCAGAGACAUUAGAAUGAUCCAACCAGCAGGUUUUAAUACAUGACCUUUGGGAACAAGAAGCUGUGGAGAGCGUUCGAUUCCCGUGUAACCCGAUCAGGACUGAAACUGUAGCAGCAGCUUUUUGUUUUGUUUGGUGAUCCGUGUUUCACAGCCUCUAGAAGAUGUUAACUCCGCAUGUUCCUGCAGGGUUUGUGGUGUCCUGUACCUCUUUGUGCCGUCACACAUUCACCUUUGCUGCCACGGGAUAAUAAACAGAACCAGUGCAUCAUGAACAAAGAAUGUUUCACCUGAAGAGCCUUCGGUGUCGGACUGGAUGUCACUGUUACACCUGCCGCUGACUCAAGCUCCAAGUUACAGGAGUCCAUGAAGGAAACACGCUGGGUGUUCCUGAAACGCCUCACCUCCUGGUUGAGAACAGGUUUCGAAGAGACGUUUCAUUCACUACGAUGUGUACAAUUACAUGAAAACAACCAGAUUCAAAAUACUUAGAGCAAGUUUUCCU